AUGGCUAAUGAAACCAACCAACACUCAUUUGCAGGUGCUGCAACAUCCGCCAUGCCAUCAGAGAGUUUUUAUAACUAUGCAGUAACUUCACCAACUUCUUCAGAGGUAAUUUACAGCAAUGACGUACAAAUGAAGGAUUUAGAGCAGGCUAGCUCAAAAGAUAUAUUUCAGCAAAAAAGUAGCACACCACGAUUAAAACCGUUGUUAGAAGAAGAUGGAUUGAUUGAAACUUCCGAACAUCAGAAUGAAAAACGGAAAUUGAAUGAUAAUGGGCCGAUUGUAGAUAAUUUAAAGUACACUGACAAAAACGUCAGUUUCGGCCACUUGCAACCGUGGAGCAUAGCCUUUACUGUAAUAGGAACAGUUCUUCUUGAUUUUUGUUCUGAUGCAUGCCAGUCUCCUUCAAGGACAUACCUGUUAGAUGUAACUAUUCCUGAAGAUCAUGCUGCUGGUCUAAGCACUUUCACGUUAAUGGCUGGACUUGGAGGAUCGGUUGGAUACUUUAUGGGAGCUGUGCAUUGGGAAAAUACUGCAUUUGGGAAGUUCUUGGGAGGACAAGUGAGUGUUGUGUUUCUUAUCGUCACAAUAGUAUUUGUUAUCUGUCUUGUUUCAACCAUCUGCAGCUUCCCAGAAAUUCCCUUACCACUUCUCAAAGACGAAAAAGUGUUCCUGGAAUAUCAGACAAAACUUCAGUCUGCAAAAGAAUUAGAACUUGGGUGCGAAACCAUCGAAAUGGACUGCAAGCGUAAGGAUUAUGGUUCAACGAUGCAAUCUCCAAGGGAGGACAAUGGUCCUGUAGAUGAACAACAAACUCAACAAAAGUUAGAAAAUGCAGAGGAACGUGGACAUUAUGAUACUCCGAAAGUUGUUGUUUCCGAAGCUCCUGCGGAACAAGAUACGCUUCCUCCAGAAGACCACCCGACUUUGAAACAAUAUCUAAGGUCCAUCAUCCACAUGCCUAACUCAUUGAGAGUUCUCUGUCUCACCAACUUGUUCAGCUGGAUGUCUUUGGUUUGUUAUUCAUUGUACUUCACAGACUUUGUUGGGGAGUGCGUGUAUGGUGGUGACCCGGCAGCUCCAGAAGACUCGGAAAUACAUAAACUGUUUAAAGAUGGAGUUCAAUUCGGAUGUUUUGGCAUGGCAUUGUAUUCCAUAUCUUGUUCCUUCUAUUCAUACUUCAUAGAAGCAUUAGUGGAAAAAUUCGGGGCAAAACGAAUCUAUACUGGUGGUCACCUAGUCUAUUCCGUCGGUAUGGUUCUGAUGGCCGUGUGCAGACACCCCGCUGCUGUGAUUCUUCUCUCGCCCACCGCCGGAGUUAUGUAUUCCACACUUUUCACGAUGCCCUACUUGCUGAUUGCUCACUACCAUUGCUCUGGAAAGUUUCGGGAAGACAAAAGCGGGCCGUAUUGCGGGAUUCGAGGAAUUGGCACAGAUGUGGCCGCAGUCAGCAGUAUGGUUUUUCUGUCACAAUUCAUUUUGUCUUUAUCUAUGGGAAGCAUAGUGGAAUUGGUGGGAUCUAACGUUGCAACUGUCUGUGCUUCAGCCAUCCUCAGCUCGUGUGGUGCUAUUUCUGCAACGCAAGUCCUCUACCUUGACAUGUAAUCAUUAUCUUUGU